AUGCACCUCACGAUCCCGGCUUUGACGGCCGUUGUACUCGCAGCGAUGACGGCCACGGUUGACGCACACUCUUGGCAUUUCAAGGCCUACGGCAACUACCCCCUCACCAACCGCCCGCCCCUAGACAAGUGCAGUAGCGAGUACAACUUCUGGAGCGAGCGCAGCAGCGAAUCGUCCUACGACCGCGCCGUGAAGUGGGAGACUUUAGGGAAAUGGCAGGCUGUGAAGGUGACCGGGGUGAAACAGGGCGGCUGCCAGCUCUAUCUCUCCGAUCGCAUAGGGAACUUGGUCGCGCUGGACAACAAUAAGUGCACAGACUGGGAUCCGAACUGGGUGAUUUGGAAGGCGGUGUGUCCGUAG